AUGGUGUCGGUGCCAGAGGAUCUACCAUUUCAAUUCAUAAGGGAAAUUACUGAUGACUUCUCAGAGGAGCGCAUACUUGGCCAAGGAGCAUUCGGAGUUGUUUACAGAUGCUGUACCAAAUAUAAGGGCCAAGUUAUACUAAAUACUGACAACAUAUAUUUGGCAGGAGUCACUAAAGAUGGACAUGAUGUUGCUGUGAAGAAGUUGAAGCCUUGUCUUGCCGACCUAGGCAACAAGCAGUUUCGAAAUGAGUUUGAUACCCUCACGGAGCUGAACCAUCAAAACAUUGUAAAGCUAUCUGGAAAAGACAAUCAGGCUAAUGAAAUACAGGUGGUACAUAGUUCCCUCACAGAGCUACUUCCUGGUAAGAAUAUUAUGAUUGUUUUAGAUGACCUUUGGGAGGAUAAUCAGUUCCAGUUGAAGGACUUGCAGGACAUGCUAUAUCAUGAUGAUAGCAAAAUAAUUAUUUCAGUAACAACACGAAGUGAGAGCGUUGCGGAGAGAAUAUGUGCAAACCUUCAACCAUACAAGAUAUUACCCUUGACGAAUGAUAUGUGCUGGGAUAUAAUAAAACAAAGAAGUGGUUUUCGAGCUAGAGGUGACAAAGAAAAGUUGACAGGUUUCAUAGAGCCAACAGAAUUACUCUCAGUUAUGGAACUCAGCAAGAAGUAUAUUAUGCAGCUCCGAGGACUAUCUUUCUUUCAAGAGUCACCCAAGGUACAUCCUAUAUUUACAUAG